CGGCCGCGUAGACAACAUGUUGCGUUCCUACGUACUCCUAAUACUACUCACGAACCGUAUCCGGACCGCGUACGUGACGGACCGGCCGUCGUUCGCCGAUAGACUGGACCAAAUCUAUGAGAAAUUGGAGAAAUUCACAGUAACACCGGUCGAAGUGACCAAAUCUCCUCGUGAAAAGUUGUAUGAGAAAUUGGAUAAGUUGAAUUCUUUGACUCCUGGUGGGUUUAGUGCUGACGAUGAAGAGCUCAUUUCCAGUAUUCAGUAUUGGGGGAAGCUGAACGCUGAACAGCUGGAUGGGGUGGUGAAGGACCUUCAGAGCGUUAGGGAGGAGGACGACAGGAUUGUGAUGAUGUACUCGCCGUACGGUGAUGGUGAUUGGAGUGAAGAGGACGAAGAAUACCCAAUGGACGACUUGUACAACGAUGAGGAACCUGAUCCCGCGUCGACCAGCAAACCUGUCGGGAUCACACCAUCGGCGUUCACGAGAAAAGAUGCAGAAUACAGAGAUGCUGAGUAUAGAGAGCUGCUGGUGUCGGCUGCUGAUCCCAUAGCGGCUACUAAUGAGAGGCCCAAGAUCUUGAAUAGCUCUUCGUUGACGCCCGCGGAACGCAACGCCCUCCGGCGGGCCAUCUUCACCAACAUGGCGACUGUCAUACGCACGGGCAAGUGUCACGACCCUCAACCUCGCUGGCUCAACGUAAGACAGCUAGCUCCUGCUGCUAACAUCGUUUACAUGCCCCCAUGCGUACUACUGCACCGUUGCGCCCCCGACUCCGGUUGCUGUCACGACGAGACCGAGGUCUGCGCGCCGGUCGCUGGAAACCACAUCUUAGUGCCUAUAUACCUGAAAAAAGCCAACGGCAGCAUGGAGCCAGCUCGCAUGAGGUUCUUCAACCACACCCAAUGCGCGUGCGUCUCCCAAGAGACGUUACAAAGCACUGUCCGGACUAAAGUGGAGACGCAACAAAAACGGGAGAGCCAGUACCGGAAGGAGAAUGACUACGGAGUGAAAGAGAGGCCGCCUACGCAGGAGCCCGAGUUGGAGAGAGACGAGCCUACUGCACCACCUCAGCUUAGAAGAUGCACCUGCCCAGCGCUAUUCAUGGCCAAAAUCACCGACAAAGGCCACUGCUCAUGCGUCUGCGAAUGGCCAGACUUGGUACGGAAACGAGACUGCCUCUCAAUGGCUCGUGGCCGCGAGCAUUUCGGUCUGAGAGACCGGGUCUGCGUCAUCAACGGCGACUGCACCCCUCCCACUUGUGAAUUCGGCUCCUUCGAGAGGAGUACGGGAAGGUGUCCCCCCUUAAAAAGGUACAGGAGGAGGUACCAUCACGGGAGAGCGAGGCUGUUGUUCGACAAGUCUAUUGAUAUGUAAUUUGUCUUUUUGUACGAUCAGAGGUUGGAGAAUGGAUAUUUGAUGUGAAGACUUCUAGUGUCUGAAUUGUAUCAUUAAGCCGAACGUGGCUUAGCAGUCUUCUCAAGACCGUUGGCCCUGUCUACUAUGUAAAGGAUAUAGACGUGAUUAUAUGUAUGCAUGUUUCUAGUGAGAUGGAGAUUUGCAUUGUAUGCAAAAUUGUAAAAAAUUGUUUGUUCAAAAAUUUUUCUUACGCAAACGUACAAUAUACAACCGUGUAAUAAAAAGCGAACCUAACAUAAAAAAUAAAAUAAAUCGUUUUGAUUUUUAAAAUGAAGUGAUAAAUAAUAAUCGCAAUGUGAUGGCACUGAUUAUUUUGACAGCAGGAUGUAAAUACAAUUUUGAUGUGAGUGCGACAGAGAUAGAAUCAAAUGUGUACUUGUGUUACUCCAAAAUCUAACAGCUAUCCUUUUUGGAUUUGACUUUGGGGUGUCUCACUUUGUACUAAAUGUUCUUAUUCGUUAUUUUUCUUUAAAGUCGCCUGUUACGGUGAGGGAAAACAUCUCGAGGAAACUAGAUACUCAGGCAACUGGAUGUGUCACCAAGAUCCAAGGAGGUCGGACAAGAGUCGCUUCGUAUAAAAAUCUGACUUUCCAAAUCUUGGAACCAUUGUCAAAGGCAUACCCCGGGCGGAGUCUCAGAGUGAUGAGAACUUACACAGAUGCAACCGGCGCUAACGUCGGGAGAAUAAUGAAUUAGAACCAGAUAUGAAUUUAAUGUGACGAUAUAAGUUUAUUGAGAAAAUAUCCUUACUUUGUGGCAGUUAUAAAUUCUCUGUCAUGUUUUAAUUUUUCGGCCUGACCAAGAUUUAAUUUCAAACUGAUUCAUAAUUCGGAUAAGUUUGAAAUAUUAUUUCACUUACAAUGUCUUUUUUUUAUGAAAGUUACUUUGCCUUUAAUAUUUUAAGAUAAAAUAUAGAAAAAAUGGUGCCAUAAAUGAGGAGUCAUUAUUAUAAAUUAAUCGUAUUAUUUUAAUAAUAAAUUAUUAUUUAGGUGCGUACUUAUUAUUUACUUUUAUUUCAGAAAAUAAUUAUGCAUAAUAUUCUUAAGUUAUU